AUGGCGAGAGCGUGGAAGCUGCUGUGUACGUCCGGGGACUCGGUGCAGCUGGUGGAGCAGUCUCUGGACACCAACCUGCUGAACAAUGCGGUGAGACUUCGGCUGAGUCACUGCAGUGUUCUGCCCGGAGGAGUCCACAUCCAGGAGACGCUCAACAAUGUGGUCAUCCUCAUCUCCACCAAUCAGAGCGUCCACAGGCUGCUGCUGCCGCACCCGUCACGCAUGUACCGCAGCGAUCUGGUGACGGAGCUGCACAUGCAGUCGGUCUUGACCGACGUUGGCAAGCUGAGCCUGCAGGACGCUGCUCACAGCGCCGUCAUCCCCGGCUCGCUGAGUCCGACCACCGGCACCGCCUGGCUCAGUCUAUCUGGAGAGGCUCACUACGCCCUGGCUGCACCGGCCGGAGGCAUCGUGGUGCUCUCUCUGCCGCCGUACGGCACGCAAGGUACACACCGGCUAAUGUCUGAAUAUCUGCCACCGCAAGGUACGCAAGGUACACACCGGCUAAUGUCUGAAUAUCUGCCACCGCAAGGUACGCAAGGUACAGACCGGCUAAUGUCUGAAUCUCUGCCACCGCACGGCACGCAAGGUACAGACCGGCUAAUGUCUGAGUCUCUGCCACCGCAAGGCAGCGCGGUCGGUGGUGGAGCUGAAGAGGAGCUCCAUGAUGCGGAGGUUUUCCGCUGGAUGCCGAUAGCGCAUCCGUGGAGACCAGAGUCCGGCCUGACCGAAGCGCUGAGUCUGGCUGUCAGAGAGCUGGAGGAAGACUGCUUCAUCUUCGCUUUGUGUCAGGGACCACACGCUGCCAUGUGGUCCUUCACGGAGCAGGCGUGUGUGCUGGAGGCCCAUAUGUUGGACUACAUGCCGCCUGUAAAGGCGCAGCGUGAACUCCUGGUAACGCCACCGGCGGCGCUUCUGGCGUCUCCCCAACAUCGGUCUGUGUCUCUGCGGCCUACCUCGGCCAGUCCCCUCAGAGGGGACAGUUCACAGUGCUGCAACUGGUCGCCGCGCAACCAGCUUACAGCCUCAACACAUCUCCUCCCUCUCACCACACACAGGUAG